AUGCCACUUUCCCAAUAUGUUGUCUUGCCGUCCUUUGGUGUUCUCAUAAGUACAUCCAUCACCCUCGAAUUUCGACGCGCCCCGAACCGCGACGACCCAGUUCCCAACUCUGACCCCUUGAAUGAUUAUCUCACGGUAGGCACAUCCAUGACAUACUUUUUGCAGGCACUGAUGUUGUUUCGUGCCGCCCUCAGCGUCCGACCACCCAAACCGUUGGUUGCCCAUUUGCUCUCUAGUUGCUUGUUUGACUUUGUUCAGCAGGACCUAGCUGCCGCCCCUUCCAACGGUGGCGCAAGCAAGAAGGAAGUCAAGCUCUGGCGACACUUGAAGAAGAUCUUUCUGAAGGUGAAGGGCAUUGGUGGCAAGUUCCUCACUAGCUGA